GUACUUUGAGUAGGUUCCGUCCUGUACAUACGCAUCAUGGACCCAGUGGACUUAAAAGCUCAAGGUAAUACGCACUUCAAAGCUGGUCGGUUCACUGAAGCUUCCAAGUUGUAUGCUCAGGCUGAGAAAGAAGCUCCAACCGAUCCUGUCUACCCCUCCAAUCUGAGUGCUGCGCUCUUUGAAGCAGGAGACUACACUGCGUGUUUCCUCGCCUCAGUCCGCUCUUUGAAACUUCUUCUCGCCGAAGACGGACGAAACGGCGCUCUCCUAGACCGACUUUCAAUCAGGCUGGCUAGGACACUUCGCUUUGGAAUUAGAUCUGGACGCCUGUCAUAUCGCUUUUUACAGGCCGAGGAUGCUUCUAAGGUAAUCGUUAAGUUGAAGGAGCUGAGUGAGCGAUCUCAGAACGAUGAGCUGCUGAGAGCUUGGAGCGAGUGGAGACAGACAGAGAGCGAGUCCGAGAAGAUUACAAAAGGCGUCACUGAUGCUAGGGCGAGACUCGCGCGACUGCCAAUAUAUAAAUCCAGACCGAUGGCGAUCAUGGAAUAUUAUUCGAUAUCGCACGAUAAUCCUAUUUCGAUCAUUCACGACUAUGGCACAGAAGAUAAACAUCCUUCACCUCCACUGAAGCUUUCGACUUUCUCUGGAGAGCGCUUGUCGAAACUCGCAUUUCUGUUCGGAGGAGUAGGCGAUGGGCGUCAUGUAUUUGCUUCAACCAUAGGUCUUCAUCAAGCAUACAAGACACUGCCAAAGACGAAGCAGGCGAAAUUCAGAGUACACCUCACACUCUUGGACAUACAUCCUACAGCACUUUCGCGCGACUUGAUCGUCCUCCUUCUCCUCGAUAGCUUGCUCAAUGAUGCACCUGGUGUUGAAGAAACCGCCGAGAUCAAGGCGACCUUGUUCUACGUCUAUACUGCUAUGGUUGUUCCAGCGUACUGCUAUCAUCGAUUUAUGAAACACGUCAAAAGCCUCCGCGAACGACUGUCGUCACCUUCUCCUACUCUUCCCUCCUGGAUCCAUCUCGUUUCCGAAUCCAUCCCCAGCAUUAUAACGUCGCUAGACUACUGGAUUGCCAACUGUCCAAAAAAGACCACGGGCAUCAUGCUUGAACACUUCAGCGAUGAGAAGUACCGAGCCAGCCGUGCCGACAUUAAACAAGCAGCCGCUGCCGGCGUAUUUCCGGGCUACGCGGCGCACAACCCCUUGGCCGAACGUGACCUAGCCGCGCGACGAUCUCUUGAUCAACAAAGCGACGCAGAUAUCAUCAAACUUGGACUGAACCUAACUAAUCCAGAUGGUUCUCCUCCAGUCGUGCCGACGGAUCCUGCUGGAAGAGCUGCGUUUAUCGAGAAAACGAAAGAGAGGGUGGUAGAGAUGAUGGGCGAGCUCGAACAUGGAACUCUGGAAGCGAAGAUUAUAGAGGAGAAGACGUUGUACAAGAAGGUUAGGGGAUUCAUACCGCCGAAGGAGCUUUGGAAGAGACAUACUGCGAUGGCAGGGGCGUGGAAACUUGCUCGGGCUUUCAAGUCUGGAGAUUCUGUUGACGGUUCCCGAGCGGCUAGGCUGGGUGAACUAGGUGCUCAGGCCCAGGCAGAGAUUCGCGAGACUUGGAAGCCCAACCCUUCUCUUUUCGACGCCUACCUUGAUCAUACUAGCGGAUAUCCUGCAAAGCACACAAGCGGGUUCGAUCCCGUCCUCGCCUUUGAAAGCUUCAACGAACGCAUGGGUAUGGGAGAGGUUCUCGGAAGAAACGACGUGCUGGAUUCCCCGUCUUUCUCGAUCACUUGGGUAUUUUUCGGUGCCGUACUUGAAGCUUUGAAGGACAUGAAAGAUCUCAUCCAGCUCGAGGUUCUUCGUGGAGAACUCAAUCAAGAGCUGUUGAAGAUGAGGACUUCGGGAGAUCAGCAUCGACCAGCUCAUUUUCCCAGGACGUUCACGAGGAUGUGGUUGAGCAAUGUUCCUGAUUACACCCACGGCCCAUUCAAUACAGCUGUGUAUGUCGUUCCAAGCCUUCAGUCUGACGCCGACUGCUCAGUUGGUUCCAACUGCCUGCUCAACCCUCCAAUCUGGCGCGAUGACGAUGAGUUUGCCUACACAUACUCUUUACUGAGGGUCAGGGACAUCCCGCGUUACUUCGGCUGCCGUGUACUCAAGAUGUCACCAGUCUGGGACCUCACCAAGCUUGCCGCCAACCCUCUACCACGCCCACUCAAUGAACUUGCCACCCGCCCGGAGCUCAUUGCUUGGCUCACCCGUGUCUUCUUCUCCAUUAUCCUUCCCGGGAAGACACACGAGUUUGGAAUGCGUACUUACGUCCGAUACCCGAACAGCCUCGCCGCAUUCGUCGAACUCCUUGUUCAUCUGCACGCAGUUGGAUACCCUACGCACUGGCUUUCGGAUUUCGUAUCGAUCAUGCUCACGGACGCGUUGACGACGGAUAUUGCCCUCUAUCAGGGUAAAUAUCCGUGUCCGAGUUCGGAGAUGAGUAGGCGGGUGGCGAGGAGGAAAGUUUGCCUGGAUCCCUGGCUCGUCGAUCUCGAGAACAUUUUGGCGACCUCCUACGAAGCGAUACCGUUCCCAUUCGCCGCACCUUCUGGUUUUGCGACGUCUUCGAACGAGAUCGGUCUGUACGAGACCACUCUCGAUAGGCUCUCACUUCAUGCAUCCACCAUAACAGGCAGGCGUCCACCCGACAUCGCCGUCGUCUCCCUCAUGUUCUACAAGCCUCGUUCUUUCUCUGACGAAUACCUCGUCACGAACCUGCCUCAGGUCCUGGAGGGAAAGAAGCUGGCCGGGCAAGGGGAGUUGUUCGUUCUGACGUGCGUGGAGAGGUUUAGUGUUUGGGAUAGAGUCUUAAGGUGGAGGAUGAACAAGAAGAGGGUGAAGAAGAUGAAGAUGCAGAAGUGGGUGAUGGUGUCGUAUCGGUUCGAUGCGAAUGAGAUUGUCUCGCGCCAGAACGAAGCCAGGUAUUGGAAAGAAAUUACUGAUGAAUGAGCAGAAGACUGUAAAUGCACACUGUACAAGUCAGUUGUGUGUAACAUUUCUUGUACAAUUACAACCCGG